UUUGUUUUUCGUCGGUCUCCUUUCUAAGUUGCACACAAUAAUGUCCCCGAACUAUAGUCAAGAAAAAGAUGUGGAAAUCAUUUAACUUCAGUGUUGUUGACGGUGUGUGGUCGUCCUUUGCGUGUGGUUUCUUUGUAGCUUUUUGUGCUCACAAAGUCUCACAAUACCUGGCUAGACGACAGAACACAAGUCGCGUGCAUGUUAUUUUUGAGGAUCUUAUCCGGUACGGAAAAACAAAACAACAUCUGAAAAGCGAUGACUGGCUGCGAGUGUUCAACAUCCCGAAAAGGUAAAAUCUGUGAAGAAAAUUCAGGAUUAAUUUGGUUGGAUAAUUUACGAUUGUAGUUAUUCUCAUUUCAUGGAAAUUAUUAGUUAGUUGUAUCAUUAGGAACUAGAGGAGAGUGGGCUAAGUUGAGCUAAAGGGUAAGUUGAGCCACCCCCUGUUGCUUAGAAAUGGUAAAAGAAAUUGAUCAUGUGACCAAAUAUUUAGGAGAUGGGCAUCAAUUCAUGAAGUCUGUAAAGGUUUGAAGCACAUGAGUGAAGGGGUUAGACAUUUAUUUAAAAAAAAAAUAUAUAUAUAUAUACUGUUCACUCUCGAAAAUGAAUUUAGUCUAUCAUAAGUUUUAUUAGAAUUGUGUUCAGACCAAAAAAGAUCAUUUAAAAGUAGUUUUAUACAUCAAUUGUGGUAUUUAUGCGCUACAACAUGAGGUCAAAAACCUAACAUAAAAGAUCACCAUUUUAGCUAAGAGGACUAAUAAAGUCAUCAUAGUAGUUCUGGGGUAAGUUGAGUCAGUGGCUCAAGUGAGGAAGUAAAGAAGUCUGAUGAGGGAUCAGAGUUUCAGUUCAGAUUGUUGAAAUGUGUUACUUUUUCUUUUCAAAAAUACGGAUGUGAAUGUUCUGAAUCACUUAAAGGCAUUCUCAUGUUAAAAUGGCUUUUUACAUAACAGCUUUUUAGCAGUUAUAUGCAAUAAUAAUAAAAAGAACUAUUGUACCAGUUGAAUAGUGUAUAAUAGAUAAAAAUACACAUGAAUGUGAAGAAGUGACUGUUAUUUAGGGAGAGAGAAGGUGAGGGAGGGCUGGGGUGGAGAGUGGAGGGGUAAGUAGGGAUACGGCUCAACUUACCACACUCCUAUGGUCAACUUACCCCAUACACCGGGUAAGUUGACCACAGGAGACCACUUUUUUUGGCAUGCUAAAUUAUCAACAGUUUUAUUUACACUCAUUCUGUGUGUUUGCAGGGAUGCACAACAUCUUGAGAUAUGCAGAUACACUUACAUAGUUUUGUGUGUGUGUCUCGUUAAUCAAUGCAUUCACACACAGCUGUUAGACAUCAAAGAGACCGACUCACCAACUGUUUGAAUGAGAAGCUGCCAAACUGCAGUGAAUUUAGAGCCCUCUGCACUUCUUCACAUUGUGCGAUUUUCUUAAAUCCCAGACGGAAUAUAAGAACAUAGAGACAAAACUAUGAUUGCCUUGAUGUAGUUAUCUGAAAUAUGAAAAAUGGCUCAUCUUACCCCACUCUCCCCUAUUUAUUUUCCUACUAUUCUAGAAUGAAUCCAGAAAUAGACAGCUGGUUUGAAACAGCUUAAACAAAGUGGGUACAGGUGCUUCAAAGAUAAUUUAAAGGCUUAAAAGAGCAAUUUGUGAUACAUUUUAUUUGUAAGAGUAUAAUUUAUGGUCUUUGUAGGCUUGAAUACUACAAUCCAAAAUUCCCCAAAUGGUGUUUUUAAAAAAUGUAUUUAUUUUUUGUUUACAUUUGACAAAAAAAACAAAACUAUUUAUUAACAGUUUUAUUGGUCUUUCUCAAAUUGCUGAAGUGCAUCCUAUCUUUGCCUUUCUGAAAUACCACUUUUUGCUCAAAUAAGAUGAGCAGACUGUCUGUAGUGUUAGUAGAGACCAAGUGAUGCUUUUAAUCUUAAUUAUAGACCUCAUAGAAUUACGUGUUGUACUUUAUGGGACCCAGGUAUGUGUAACUUUAACAGGUCUGAAGUAAAUUAUAUCCACAGUGAAUUAGUUAAAACACAAAAAUCCUGACUUAAUUCUUAGUGUUUGUGUUUCAGAUGGUUCUGGCACUUCUAUGCCGUCUCUGUUGGCUGGAACAGUUUCCUCCUGGUGUUAUGUCUGAACUUCACAUUUCAGCAUCAGCCAUAUCCAACAUGGCUGACAGGACUGUUGGAUGUUUUGACAAGUGUACCGAGGUCUGACAGUGCAGGUAUGCGUAUCAGUCUUACACACAUGAAGGUAUUGGGUGAUAUCGUUACAUGGCACAUCACUGAUGAGCAAGAGUGUGAAAAUAGAGCAAAUAUCAGCCAAUACUCAUGAUCCUGAAAAGGAUCCAUCCCUGUUUAGACAUCCUGUAUUUGCUCACCAGCUGAUAACUUACAGCUUUAUCAACACAAAAAAGAUUGGAAUAACUUUAGAUAGGAGAACUUCUAAUUGCUAUACUAUUAUUAUUGAGCUCUAAGAAACUAGUUAAAACAAAAAAUGUGUUUUUAUGUCUGUGGCUUUGCAUGAACUUGCCCUGAUUUUAUGAAUUCUUCUAAAAAGGGCUGAUAGUUGUAUUGGCACAGUAGUGACCACUAGAGGGGGCUCUGAGGUGCCACAUCAGGUGCACCACAUAUGGACAAACUGGGCUCUUACUAACGUGUAUGUCUCACACAUUAAGUCAAACCAGAAUCCUCACGGUUUUAUGUUUGAUUGUUACACAAACUAAUUUGGUAUUUUUCUUUAUAAUGAGCUAAAAAAAUUAUAAAUUAGGGAAAUAUAUGGUAGUAGAGCAUGAUUAUUAAACCAUUUUCCACUAAACAAAUAUGGAGGCAUGCAUGUGUUGAACUGGAGGAUGCCUGAGUGCAGCUCUCCUUGCAGACUGAUGCAUUAUGUCUCAUCCAUAAUCAAUCCCAGAGAAACCUGGAAUUGAUAUAUUCUGUUUAUUGUCACUUGUUAUGCCUGUGCUUGUGUUACUUACCCAAGGAAUAUGAAUGUAAAUCACUGUCAUCCUGUUAUUUUACACCUUGGUGUUUAUGCACAUUUUAAGUUACACUCUCUGUUUCUAUUAAAUAUGUGAAGAAGAAUCAAUAUAUAGUAAAAGCAUUUAUCCAUAUAACCACCUUAAAGAUACACCGUUAUUAUUUUUUAUUCUCAUGUAUGUAAAAAAACACCAAUUAGAUAAUGACCUCAAAAAGGCAGAUAUUAUUCAUGUAUCAGUUGCCUAAUAAGACAUUCGCAAUAAAUAACACAUUUGACUGGCAAGACUCAAUAGAAUGAGAAUCUUUGCAAGAAGACACCACUAAAGCAUGUAAAGGACAAAAUUAGUGAUGAGUGCUUUGUGUACAGGGGUGCAAAAGUUGACACAAACUCAAAGUUCCUCAUGGGAACCUUAAGGAAACCAUAAAACAUGCAAAGAAUGCUGUUGUUGAAAAAAAUGCUCAAGAUACAUGACUGGUAUCCAAAAAAGAAAAACAACAUUGAGGUUGUUCCACCAAAAGUGUGGCACUUAAAGAUGAAGAUAAAAAGCUCUAUGUAAAGUGUUUUUAUUUACAACGAAUUACUUUACAUUCAAAUGACUGCAGUAGAUCAGUUUAAAAAAAAUCUAAGAUAUAUUUAAAAUUUAUAUGAGUACACCUGAAUAUAACUGGUUGUAUUUGGUGGCCCCAAAAUAUCCUGUAUCCUAGACACAAUACCCAUGGGUUGAACUUCAUCAAAGUCUUUUGUUGCAGACUUUAUGAUAUCAGCAAAUAUCAUUUUUUAAUUGAUAUGAUCUCUGAUUAUGGUGUUUUCGUUGUCUACAGUCCCCCAGCUGACCACAGUGCUGGUGCAGCUGCUGCUCGUCUUCCAUUCGGUCAGGAGGCUGCAGGAGUGUCUGUUCGUCAGCGUUUUCUCUAAUGGAUCAAUCCAUUUAGUGCAAUAUGUGUUUGGACUGGUUUAUUACAUCCUGAUGGGGCUGACGGUGCUUGGAUCAGAUCGUCUACAGGAAGGUGAAAAAAAACUAAACCAACAAACCUCUCAGAGCGAUCCUCUUACAGCUUCUUUUAUGGCAUAUUUAUGUUAAUGUUGUUGUGUUUUUUAAGGGACUGGGCCUUUGCUCUCUCAACUGGAGUGGUUUCAUGUGGUUGGAGCGGUUGUUUACAUCCUGGCCUCAUGUAUGCAGCAUCAGUGUCUGGUCCAUUUGGCUCGACUUCGUAUCGGAAAGUCAGGUAAGAUUAAGCAGGUGUUUUACUUUUGAGACUGUUACUCCAACUACAACAUAGCCAUUACCUUUUUGCCAGUACCUUUACUUUCAGACAUUAUUAAUAAGCUGAUGUUGUCCUUUUUUUUUUACAGUAUUACAUAGCAGCUUUAAAAAUUCUGCUGGUAAAAGCAGAAAGCUUGUCUACUUGCUGUGAAUCAAGUAUUUUCAUGUCAACCCAGCACAUCAAAUCAUCACACCAAAUAAGCUCUGUAAAAACACAAAAGUCUGUGCAAAGCUGCAUGGAUUAAUGACUUUGCAAGAAAUAAGCUCUCAACAAUAGAGGCAUUUAUUAAUAAUUAGAAAACAGUGAAAGCAAAAUGCAGAAGAAUUGGUUGACGGUAUUACUAAUGAAAAUGUGGUCUCAAAGUCACUGUAGUUUACAUCAUAUUCUGGGUGACUCGAACUAAAAUUUGCUCAUUAGAUAAGUUAAGUUAGUUUACAUAAGAGAAUAAAAGGCACAAUGUAAACCUGUUUUUUUUGUAUAAGUAGGGCUCUAAAUGACUAAUGUGUACAGAUGGGAUUGCUGUAAAGUAGAUUUCUUGGGUUAAUAGCAUUGUAACAGGCUUUAACAGCAUGGAUAUAAUCCGUGGGAAAAUGCAGCAGUCAAACAAAAUUCAACAAUUCUAAGGUUUUUUUUUUUGUUAUUUUCUUUGUCUGAUUGAUUUUCAAUUGUUUUAUAUCUUAUUGAUUUUAAAUUGUUUUAAUCUCUUUUUUUUCAUUUUCAAUACAUGUACUUGCAUCAUUUCCAAGCAUAUCUCUUUUUAUUACUUGAAACACUAAAGUCACAGAAGAGAUCAAACAGAAACUUGUGGAUAGAGGCAGCAGUGUACCACUCAGACUGUACUUUUUAUUUUCAAUAUUAGCUUAAAAUCCAAAUAUCCUGCAGUGUGGUGCAGUUAACAGUUUUUCACACAAAGUUCACCUCCUUGCAAGUUUGAAACAGUACUAGUUCACAUGGUCAUUUUAACCCUGAUUAGUUCAGUAAAACUCAAACCAAUAUGAUUAUGAAAUACUUUAACCUGCUGCACUCACUCUUGCUGUUCUCUCUGAAUUUCUCAACCAAUAAUUACAAUGAGGUGACUAUUGACUGAUCUGCACAAACACAGACUUGAGGACUGAACUCAAACACCCUACAUAACAGUCUAAAUUCAUUUUCUAAUCUGAGAUUUUUGCAGAAUAGAGGACUUCAUUUGAUGUUUUUAUGUUCCCCAAAUUAAUUUGCAUUUGAAAAAUAUAUUUUUAUCAAAGUUAUCCUCUGUGGACAUCACCAAACCCGGUCCAGGCCUGGAAAACAGUUUUCAAACUGUGAAUCUGUUUCUAUGAUUGUACAAUAAUAACUCCAACCUGCCACUUCUCUUUUCUUCACUUACUGUCAUGAUGUGCAGUGAAGAGAGCCCAUCUGAGCCCAGAAGACAGUUUAUGAAUAUUCAACAAUGUAUCCCCUGAGAGGACAAAAAGAAGGGACGGAUUCACCGCAUAUGGACUGAGAUCAGUGCAAAUACAUCCAGUCAUUUAAUCGUAUUGACAAAUAGUUCUCUAAAUGAGUGUUGUGUUCCAUUAGUUUAGUAGAACUGAAGCAGCCUUGAAGUUUUUUGUGAUUUUUAGUAAUGACAUAGUAUCUCAAUUGUUAGUUGCAUAUUUUUUGAUUUAAACUAAAUAACAGGUAAAUUCAGAAAGUCAUCUAAGUAUUAGAUGAUUCAGCAGAGACUGUUUGUAUCGUCUCCCUGCUUUUGUAGAGCUAACUCCUGUUUUCUUCCUGCCUUUAAACCAUGUUUUCCGUCAAUUAUGGAUGCUCAGAAGUGACUGAUUUCCUAAUCUUUUACAUCAAGAGUUAACAUAGUCUGAAGAUAAAAAUACACUCAAGAACAGUCUGAAGAUUAUCUAACACCACUUGACAGGGUUAUUGUGGGUAAAUAUUUUUAAACAGGGUAACAGACUGUGGCUCAGAGUCGAAAAACAACACAGAUUUAUUUCGUAAUACAGGCCCACGAUGAUUAUAAUGACAAUAGUUUCUGUAACUGAUCAGAAAUUCAGGUGCUCACCAGCAGAAGUGACACCAUUUAAUAGCGGACUGAACACUCUCAUCCCUACCAUGAAUGCUGAUGUUUCUGCCUGUUGCAUUACACUUUCACUCUAGCUGCAUGAUUUUUGCAUGUUUUUUUAUUAUUUGUAUCAAUUUUGUAGUUUUUCAGAUACAGAUGGUCCAAACCUCUAAGUCAAUAACCAUACGCAGGCCAUGCAGUUUAACUACAUCUCUCAUGCAUAUGUACUGACAUGUCUAUAAACACUGAGAAAGGACUUAUAAAAGUUGUACUUAAACAUUUUGCAGUUCUACAGAUCAUAUAUAGCAUCCGUCAAUGACACACGUUGAGCUUGUCACUAACUGCUUUCAUCAGCUCUUUAGUGCCGGGCAGGUAAACUGUUUAUCUGGCAGCCAAAAUCAGCUGUCUGCUGCAGGAGAGAAGGGUGUUGACAGCAAAAUAGUGAGCCAGAAAAUUAAAAUUAAUGCCUGUAGGAGCUGGAAAGAUUCAGAUUAUGUUUUGGGAUUUGUUUAAUUAGCAACAUUUUACUUUAUAGAAAUUUAGAACUGGAAUAGUUAGAACCAAAAACCACAUAAAGUAGGUCUAUUGGAUGAAUAAGGAUGGUGUCUUUUUUCUUUCAGGAUCGGUAGAGACGCUGGCUCACAGAGUACCAGAGGGCGGCUGGUUCGAGCUCGUCUCCUGUCCACAUUACUUAGCUGAGCUGCUGCUCUAUGUGGGACUGAACCUAAUUUACGGAGGAGCAUCUCUCACCUGGUUCAUCGUCUUCCUCUAUGUGCUCUUCAGCCAUGCUCUGGAGGCUCAGCUCAGUCAUGAAUACUACAUCAGCAAACAUGAGUCAUACCCGAAGAACAGGAAGGCGUUCAUACCUUUUCUGCUCUGAGUAUUAUCGUUCUGCAAAGUCCUUGAAUACUGUGGGAAAUGGAUGAGGGUGGGAGUCGAGUAACAAGAAGCUCUCAGAAAGGUGAAUCUGCUCAUCAGCUGGCAGCACUCAGGUGUGAGUGUGAAACACGACUGUGCAGAAGAAACAUUCUGAAACAGUGAAAUUCAGACCUGAGCAUUUAGUAUAAAUGCACAAAAAAACUUAAAACUUUCUGAAAUUUUUAGAGUGUGCUGCAUGUGUGAACGCAAACAAUCAAAUAUUUUACUCCCACAUUACCUGGAUUUCUCCUGCUGGCCCCCUUGUAAAGUUUUUGCCUUAAGAAGACGUUACCUGAUGUAAGAGCAAAGCAGGAUAUAUUAAAGGGAAUUCACAGGGUUUGAGAGUGAUGACACAUUUUGCUGCAGUAGAUGUGAAACUGCAAGAGUGACAUGGAAGAGGAUGAAGAAAGUCAUCUGAGGUUGAAGAAAGAGGAUUAUUUUCAACAUGAGAAUGGUGAAGAUUCUGCACAUCUGUCUAUUAGCAUGUAAACGUUUACAUUGUUCUUGCCUUGAAAAUGAUUCUCCUUAUCCAAUUUCAGAUGAUCCAAUCAUCCUUUUGUGUGUCACUCUUAUGAUUCCAUGAUAUAAACAUCACUACCCCAACCCCUUGCUCAAAAAGAGUUUCUAUGAUAUGAAUAGAUUCAAAAUGAAGUAUUAAGUACCUGAAGUUACAGGUAUUUCAUCCUCUGUGCAGCUACUCUCAUUCAAUCAGUAUAUUCUUAAAGUCACCAUAGUCCUUUCAUAAAAUGUAAAUGGUUUUUGUCACAGGAACAUUUCAGUUUUUGUUGUUUAAGACAUGUCUACCUGACAGUUUCAUGUUUUUUGAUCCAUUUUUUAUAGAAGUAUACAGAAUUUUUUCAUUUUGUCUUAAAAAGUACCUGUAACUAAGCACAUUAUAAGGGAAUUUUUCGUUUAACACAUCCAUCAAAGUUCUGCAAAAAGUCCCCCAAAAUUAAGAAUUUUUUUAAACAAGAACAAGCGAUUUUUUUUCACACACACAAAAUAAACAAUCCAGGCUUUUUAAUGCAGCUGGUUAUAAACAGUGAUGCCUUUUUAUGAGCAACAAACGCAAACAAGACUGACAGGAAGAUUUUGUUUGUUUUUUUACCACAGGAAAAAUCUAUUGUGAGGGAUACACCUGACUGUUACAAGACAGCAGGAUGAACCAUGUUCUGAUAGAGCCCUGCUUAUUCAUGUGCAGGAUAACAUCUAUUGAGAGCUGAGUACUGCUUUAACCAGAGGGGGGAGCAAAGUUGACACAAACUGAACGAAGCUUCGAAAGCCCUCAUAGGAAUGGCUAAAUCCAUAGAAAAGCAUGCAUUUUUUAACCUCCAUCAAUUUUGUUCAAGUCUUUGGAAAACAUUCCUCCAGAGUUUACGAAUGUUUUGUUUGUGUGUGCUUGUGUGUGACAAUUAAUGCACUAUAUUCACCUGCUUAUUUUUUGUAUCAGUAUCAGAUGAAAGCCCAUAAAGAGUAAUGGCAGAUUUAUAAACUUCUGCCCAUACGUGUCAGCUCCAGCAAAAACCUGCCUGCAGUGUCUUCCUCCAUUUUUGACAAAGGAAAGAAAUUUAGCAGAGACCACCCAAUGUUAGAGGAUACACAGUGUCUGACGGCUUUUUGUUCUGGUCUCUGUAUUGGCACUGGAGUUGUAUUUAGAACAUUUGCAUCCUUAUCAAACAACCAUCUGUCUUUGCCUGGGUUGUUGUUUGCUUGCUAGUGUUUUUAAACUAACUUCCCACAUGUCGUCUCUUUCUGUUACACAAGUUGUUUUUUUUUUAAACAUAAAAACUAUUCCCUUUCUAUCAAUACUUUCAAUACUGUCACAUUGUGUGACAUUUCUUGCAAGGAGGCACUGGGUUUCAAUAAAAUAUGAUCCAAACAUGACACUGACUCUUUUAUGUUUAUUUACUUUUUGAUUAUUUUCCUUUAUUUGCUUAUUGUAUUCAUAUUUUGUACAUUUCUGAAGUCCACAUCAGAAUUCAAGGUAAACCACUUUGUACAACUGCUUCACUAAACUCUGGUUUAAAACGGAUUAUGAUUAAAAAGCAAAAAAAAA